AUGCCCCAGUUAACGUUUGUUUUCGGACCCAACAACACCUUCUUCUUUGACUGUCCCAAGUCAUGGAAAUUUCACAAUAUCCCGGCGAGCCUCCGCUCGUUGAUGAAUGCGUCCAUGAGCCCGGCGUACCGGAUAGCACAACCAUAUUGCCUCGCGCUUGGCCCGCAGAACAACUCGGCGGAACCGAUUUGGUAUAUAGGAUGUAAGGUGUGCGACGGCCAGGAGAAGAUCUUCUACUCUCAGAACACCUUCGAUAUCAACUAUCCCGACCUGUCGCGCUGGAUUAAAACGAUUCCGAACGCUCCGCGGCAAUGCGUAAUAACGUUUGGCCCCGCGCUGAGCUUCUUUGCUUGUGCGCCGGGCUUAGGGUCCAUCUGGGCCGGGAUACCAGGAGAUCUGAGCGAUAAAGUGCAAAAGGCGUUUGAUACCCCGUGCAAUGUGUCGCUGGGAAUGAAUAAUGCGUGGUUCGUCAUGUGGCCGGAUGGGUAUUACGCCUGGAAAUUCUACGGCGGCUAUGCGACCCUAGAUAAGAUUCUAGAUGCUGCAGAACCGCGAUCAGUAUCUUAUCUUGCGGUAAGCCCGUACAACGCGGAUCAAUACUUUGUUGCUUUUAAGGACCGUACUGUAAAGUACAACCUCUCGCCGGAGUGGAUGCCUCAAAUGCAAGAAGUCUUCCGGGAAUGGCAGGUAGAAAUUAUGCAAAAGCAGAUGGAGAUGAUGCAAAAGGCAGGAUUUCGGCAGCCUCAACAGCCUCAACAGCCUCAACAGCCAUAUCGACAUUCAAUAGCGGGCCAAUACCCUCCUCAACCCACUCAGCCACAAUGGAAUCCGAAUCCAUACCCAACCUCGCCCGCUUCUCCAACUCCUAGCUACCUCAAUCCUUCAACGCCAAACACACCUCUACCAGCAUAUUCAAAUCCCGUCACACCGGGGUUCUCGUUGUACAGUCCGUAUGGAGACCAGCCGCCAGAUAAGACACCAGAAGUAAUGAAUGGAGCUAUGUUUGCACCACAGGGUCCUCCUCCUAGGUCGGCUUCUACAGAAAAACGGAAAAGUUUUUUAUCGAAACGGAUGAGCCAUAGUGCUGCACCGGUCGCAGGGGCAGUUGGUGCCAAAGCAGCAAUAACUAUGGCCACUGAGGGAAGCCAGACUUGCGCUGUCAUGUAA